CUCUUGAAUGGCGACACUGAAUGAACCUUCGUUUGAAAAACUUGAAAGGGAAGAAAUCCCUCACGUUAUCUCUUCCUUCUGAACUCUGCCCUAAUUCAAUAAUCAUUUUGCAUGAUUCAGCUUUUUUAGCAAUCUUAUAUCAAUUCGAUCGGUGUUUCUUCAGAUUUGAUAUUUUUUUGGUUCCGGAAAAAGGUUUGAAAGGAGCUUUUCCAAUAAAAUUGAUCUUUUGGAUUGAGAAGCAUGACAUCAGUCGAAGUAUGGAUACAUAUUGUAUCAUGUUGGACCUAUCGUUUAUCAGGGUCACCAGUUCAAUGUUUGAAUUCAAAUUUUGACACCCAAAAUGCAGGGCUUCAAUUGCUUGGCCAUUUUGACUAGAAUUAUAAGAUCUAAUAUCACAGAAACCUUCAUCCUUUGCAGUUUAACUUGAUGACUGAAUGGAUAGAAAGCCGCACAUUGCCAUAUUUACUACUGCGAGCCUCCCAUGGAUGACUGGAACUGCUGUUAACCCUUUAUUUCGUGCUGCUUAUCUUAUGAAAGAUGGGGGGAGAAAUGUUUCUUUGGUAAUUCCGUGGCUGUCUAUGAAGGAUCAAGCACUUGUUUAUCCCAACAAGAUUAUGUUCAACACACCUUCAGAGCAUGAAAUCUUUGUACAUAGGUGGCUUGAAGAUAGGACUGGAUUUAUAUCUGGUUUUAAUAUACAUUUCUAUCCCGCAAAGUUUGAUAAAGAGAAAAGGAGCAUUCUAGCUGUUGGUGAUAUUACAAAAAUCAUUCCUGAUGAAGAGGCAGAUAUUGCUAUCCUGGAGGAGCCUGAGCAUCUGACUUGGUAUCAUCAUGGACGGAGAUGGAAAACUAAAUUCCGGCUAGUUAUAGGGGUUAUCCACACCAAUUAUUUGGAAUAUGUGAAGAGAGAGAAGAAUGGAAAGUUGCAAGCAUUUCUUUUAAAACACAUUAAUAAGUGGGUUAUCAAUAUCUACUGUCACAAGGUUAUAAGAUUAUCAGCUGCAACUCAGGAUCUCCCAAGAUCCAUCAUCUGCAAUGUCCAUGGUGUCAACCCUGUGUUCCUUGAAGUAGGCAAGAAAAAGCAAAAAGAACAGCAAAAUGGACAGCAAGCUUUUACUAAGGGUGCAUACUACAUUGGAAAGAUGGUGUGGAGCAAAGGCUAUAUGGAGCUACUUCAACUGCUAACUGCAUAUCAGAAUGAACUGACUGAAUUUCAAAUUGAUUUGUAUGGAAAUGGAGAGGACUUUGAUCAGGUUCAGGAAGCUGCUGGAAAAUUGAAGUUAACAGUUAAUGUCCACCCAGGACGUGACCAUGCUGACCCUUUAUUUCAAGAGUACAAAGUAUUCCUAAAUCCAAGCACAACUGAUGUGGUGUGUACGACCACAGCUGAAGCACUAGCCAUGGGUAAGAUUGUUGUUUGUGCAGACCAUGUAUCAAAUGAAUUCUUCAAGCAAUUCCCAAAUUGUCACACUUACGGUGAUGGUGAGGGAUUUGUAAAAGCUAUUCACAAAUCACUGGAUGAAGAGCCAGCUAUGAUGAAUGAUGACCAGAGAUGUGAACUGUCAUGGGAGGCUGCCACAAAACGCUUUGUGAAGGUUGCUGAACUUGAUCAUGCCUCUGAAAGAAAAUCAGCAGAAUCUCCAAGAAAACGAUAUAUGUCGGUGUCACUAAAUUUGACGAGGAGCAUUGAGGAUACCUCUGCAUAUGUCCAUUAUGCAGUUUCUGGGAUUGAAGCGGCGCGAAGAGCAUUUGGCGCAAUUCCAGGGAGCUUACACCCAGAUGAGGAGCAAUGUAAGGAGCUUGGGUUAGCUUGCCCUGCAGGGAAGCAUGGCCAAAAACAAUGAUCCAUCACACAUUUAUUGUAAAGCCUACUGUUCAUUGAAGAAUCUUGGAGAACUUUGGUUAUCAAUCUCUCAUGAAAUAUACUUUAUUGAUGUUAAAAAUCUAAAAUGCAGUGUCAAAUAUAAGCAUGUUUUCCACUUGUUUUCUCAAUGAUGUUCCAUGGUAGUAGUGUUUGUAUGUCUGGUUGUUCAAUGCACAUUUCUGUAAUUGCGUGUAUAGUAUUCAAAGUUGUUCAGUA